AUGAGUGGAGAAGAGCCUUCUACAAUUGCGUCUACUGGAUUGAAUGGUAUUGGUGCUAACAACUUGAAAACAGAAGUUAUUGACGAAAUUGAAAUUACAGAUUCUAUACCAAGUUGGUUUGAUGAUAUUGUGGCUGCAUCUCAAACCGAAAGCGAAAGUACGUUAUUUUAUUUUUUAUUCGAUCUUUUGGUGCUUUAAUUUUGCAUAAAACAAAAUAUUCUUGAUUUUUUUAGUUUCAAAGAUUUUGUGGAUUUUUAGAGAUAAAUAGUAUAACCUUGAUAACUCUAACAUUAGCUGUUCAUAAAUUUUAAAAUACAUAUAUUUUUGUUUUUUAUAAAAAUUUUUAAGGUUUAGAAAACACCGAAACUGCCGCUGCUGAGAGUCGACCAAAAAGAAUCAUUAAAAAACCUGUUGUUACUAAUAGUUCUCCUCAGGUAUGUUAUCAGUUUUCUAUUUCUUCAAUUCAAUGUUUAGGCAAAAACCAAAGGAGGAUUGUUGUUAAAACAUGUGUUACCAUCGGUCGUUUUACCGUAUGUUGGUGAUUUGGAUGGUUGCCAAGGUCUAAAUUCAAAAUUAACUUGGGAUAAAAUUGAGUCGGAUUUGUUUACAAUGUACCCUCAUUUAAAGAGCAAGACAUGUCGAUUGAAUGCUCAAAAACUAUGGUACGCAUUGAAAAGCGAGGUCUUGUCAAUUCACUGUGAAGGCAAAGAAGAUGAGUUACCGGAGGUAAGGGUUUCUACGCGAGCGUGAAGAUUAUAUUAUAGUAGAGUAGAGUAACAAAAAUUAUAUUAGAAUAAACAAGAUUUAUUUUUCUUUUUUAUUUGAAAAGUCAGGGGCGUCGCGAAGGAAAUUGGAAAGACCUCUGAACCUCUAACACGAUACAGAUAUUGACUAAUACAUUUUAAAUUUACAGAUAGAAAGAGAAAUCUUGAACGCGAUAAGUCCAGCUAUAAAAGAGAAGUUCAAGAAGCAAUACCAUCCAAAAGCCAAUGGUCGGUCUCCUGUUAAACGUUUGUACGUUGGUUUGAGGAAUAUUACAGCGCAACCGAUUACGCCUCGGGAAAAGGAAGCGCCACGGGCUUGUGCUCCGACUAGCUUUGCUAAGGCUUUCAGCAAUGAUAACAGGGAUAUUCGAGAACAACCAGCGACCACUAGUCGGAGUUUGAAGUCUAACCAAAGUGCCAAAAGCAGAAGUAGUUCGGAGAAUGAUGUAGGUUUAUAAUUAGUUAUUAUUGUUAUCUUUAAAGCUUGGAGUAAUAGGGUAUAUUAAGGUUUCGUUGCUUAAACAACGAAACGAUUUAGAAUGAAUUUUACUACUGUAACUUUUUAAAAUAAUGCUGAAAAAACGUUCAAUAUUGUUUAUAACGUAAAAAAAUUCUAGUUUACGUCAAUGGAGAAACAAUACAUUAUAUGUGAGCUGACGGAAGAGCACAAGAAACUUCAUCCAACUUGGUCUUCGAGACGUGUCUCUCAACUUGUAACCAAAUUACUGCGCAGAGAUUAUGGUUGGAACGUUCAUGAUGAAUAUGCUAGAGGAACUUAUUCUAGGUCUUGCAAAUUGACUAGAGAAAGCCGUCAGAACAAUGAACCGCUGGAGGUGGGUAUUUAUUAGUAUUAUACUGCCAAAAAAUGUAUUGUCGUUAAUAUGUUAAGAGGUACAGGUUUAAAAGCGACAGGACGUUUCACAGUUUAUAAUCAAUAUUUUCAGUACUUCCAAAAAAUGGUGGCGGGAAUUAUUCAGCCUGGCGAUCAAAAUCCCAUGAAGAUCCACAUAAUGAACAAAUUGAAAGGACUUACUAAAACGAAAUAUCAACCUUAUCUUAAUCAAUUAGAUAUGGAACCUGCUAAAUCAUCUGCACCAAUUGGAUCACCAGCUAAAAGACAACAGAUUGAGGCUAUGGAUACAACUGAUAAUCAUAGUGAUACCCAAUCUAUCUCAAUGGUUGACAGUACCACCAGCAACUUUAAUUCGAUCAAACCGUCGGUUGAUAAAGAGGUAAGGAUUACAUGUUUUAAGCAAAAGACCGGGCGGGUUAUUUUGAUCAAGGAGUAGAUGAUUUGAAAGAAUUUUUAUCUUUAUUAACCCUAGACCAAAAUUGUUCUGCUGGAACCGUUUCAGUCUUCAGAAUUUUAAAUAAUGUUUUAUUUUAACUUUAAAGCGUCAAAAAUAUAUUAAAGAACAACUUCAUUUUUGUAUCUCAUUUCAGUCAUCCAGAAACCUAUCGCUGGAAGACAUGAUGAAGAUCGUCAAAUUCUGCAAUGAAAGUCAACAAUCUUUCCGAUAUGAAAAUGAUGAAAUCGUCUUCAUACACGAUCUCACCAAAAAGGAAAUACGUUUUCCAGCUUCUAAAAUUCAGAGUAUGAUAUAA